GGGGAAACCCGGAAGAGGAUUAUGGAGCGAAGGUUAUACAGAGCAACAUUAUGGCGAUUGUCUUGUGAAGCAAUGUAGACAAAGCGGUUAAAAUACACCCAUGUUGUUGAACUACAGGGGAGCAAAGUGGUCUCACAAGUGACGGACCGACCAUUUCGCAAUCACUCGCACCCCUUCGUGUUAUUUUCCAAUAUUUUACGUUGUUGCAUUGAGACGUAAAUACUCAGCUGUAUUUUAAAUACUUCAUUUUUGUCGUCUGCGAGAGACAUGGGAAAUGGAAUGAACAAGGUUGUCGAUGGGCUCUACCUGGGAAAGAUCAGAGACUCGGAGAACAGAGAAAGUUUGUCCCACAACAACAUCACCCACAUCCUGUCUGUGUAUAACAAUGCUAAACCGGUGCUGGAGGACAUGACCUACCUGUGUAUCCACGCAGCUGAUGUGUCUAGCCAGAACCUGUGUUUGUGUCUUUGCAGGUCACAGCAUUUCAAAGAGAGCAUCAGGUUCAUCCACGAAUGUCGUCUAAAUGGAGGGGCCUGUCUGGUGCACUGCCUGGCCGGUGUGUCCCGUAGUACUACCAUGGUGGUGGCCUACCUGAUGACAAUCACCACCUACAGCUGGGAGGAGUGUCUGUCAGCUGUCAAGGCUGUGCGUUCCUUCGUAGGCCCGAACUAUGGCUUCCAACAGCAACUACAGGAGUACCAGAUGAACCAAGUCACAGAGAUGUCAGUAAGCCCGGGCGGUCGGAGGCUGAAACAGUGGCUCGUUGAGCAGAUCCAGAGCGGCCAGUACCCGGGGCUGCUCUGGGAGGACGACAGCCGCACUAUGUUCCGCAUCCCCUGGAAACAUGCUGGGAAGCAGGAUUACAACCAGGAGGUCGACGCCUCUAUCUUCAAGGCCUGGGCGGUGUUUAAGGGGAAGUUUAAGGAGGGGGAGAAGGCUGAGCCUGCUACAUGGAAGACCAGGCUGCGGUGUGCCCUCAAUAAGAGCCCCGACUUCGAGGAGGUGGGAGACAGGUCCCAGCUGGACAUAUCUGAGCCCUACAAGGUGUAUCGCAUUGUCCCCGAGGAGGAGCAGAAGACAGGUAAAAGUGCAGCAGCAGCUUUGACAUCUAGCCCUGGUGAUAUUACUGACAUGGACUGCAGCUCUGCACACCUGGAGGAGCUCAUCAAAGAGGUGAAGCAGUCUUCCAGUGAUGAGUACCUUGGCAUCGUCAAGAGGAGCCACUCUCCCCAGGAGGAUGGCUGUAGGAUGCAGCCCAGCCCAGAGUACUGGUCCCAGGACAGCGCCAGUGUCUUCCAGGGGCAUCAAGAUCCCUCGCCGAUGGGUUCUUUCAAUGCCGCCUUUUCCCAGAUGAUCAUUAACUUCUUCUAUGGUGGGAAGCUGAUGGACAGCGUGGUGACAUCUCAUGCUGAUGGCUGUCGUAUCUCUCCGGGUCAGCCUCCCUUGGUCCAGCACAGGUCCCCCUACGGUCUCCCAGACAGCCUGCAGAACGUCCGUUUCCCUCCUGCUGAACUCAUCGAGGUUGAGCGCCAACGCCAUGUCACUCGCAAACUCCUGGGCCACCUGGAGAGGGGUGUGCUGGUCCGUGCCAACCGCGAGGGCAUCUUCAUCAAGAGGCUGUGCCAGAGUCGUGUGUUCUGGAGCGGGCAGGGGGGAUUGGGCCCCCACUACAGCCCUGGGGGGCCAUGCAAACUGGAGAGAGACGCUGUCGUCAAGAUUUUUGACACAGGAAGAUUCUUCGAAGCUCUCCAGCUGUACCAGGAGGGCCAGAUUCCCGCCCCUGACCCCAUGGUGACCCUGUGUUUCGGGGAGGAGCUUCACGACCUCAGCACAGCCAAGAGCAAACUUAUCAUCGUCCAGGUCACUCCAGUGAACUGCCAGCAGCUGUUGGAUGCAGUGAGCAUGCGUCGUUCCCAGUACAGCAGUACUAACCUGGAGAUCCAGUCAGACGAGCUGCAGGCCGGGGAGCAGAUGGCCCGGAUCUACCAGGACCUGUGUAGCUACACCGCCCCCCAGAGGGCAGCCUGCUACAGGGACAACAUGCCCAUCACUGCCUGAACAGAGCACCUUCCUUCACUCCCCCUCAUUGAUAUAACAAGAAAGGACUGACAUGACAUAUGGUGAAAUGUGUCACUAACAUACACUUCAGCCUCUCACACCUUUUAGCCCUUGCUUACAGCAAUGCUUUUCAAUUCUUCAGAGCCAAUGAGCAAGGGCAUACUUUGAUGAAUGGAGAAAGAGAUGGGAUAGAGGAUCAGAACAAAGGCAACACUUGCAAGGUGUGAACUGAUAGGACCCAACGCUAUGCAGCUUGGGUGUUACAGAGACACUGUGUGUCAAGAAAGGGAAGUACUAUACAACCGUAUUACAAAUGGUGCUGUAAAGGUAUUAAAGGGUUUACUCAUCAAAUGUACCACCCCAGUAAGUAUACCACAUAUACCAACCCAGAAAUAAAACACAGUACAAAUUUAAUUAAUACAAUUCUGAAGAAAGAGGGGUUUUAACUAUUCUGUCUUGUAAACCUACUAUCAUCAAGGUUAUCACUAUUCAUUUUUAACAACAUGGUGAGUUUACUACAGCAGUAAAUUUGAUUGAAUAAAACCUGAAGUAUUGAAUGUUAUAUUAGAAUUUGUGUCUAUCAAUUGACUAGCUUUUGUUUGUCAGAUUUCUCACCUGCUUUUAAUGUAUUUUUUAUGAUGGAAAAUGUGAUUGAUAUUCAAUCCAAUAGUCCAUACUAGUCAUCAUGUCAAAGUGUAUAUACAUUUAUUCAUGUUAAAUCAAGGGCCACUAUAGCAGGACAUUUAGCUAGCAGUACACCAGAUUACUUAUUUUCUGUAUAUGUAUAACCUCCUUAAAACUUUUAUAUUUUUUCAAUUUGUACUGUAAAAAUGUUUUUCUUAUACUGUAUGAGAGAUUUGAACAGCAACAUGAUUGCUUGGAUUGUAUUUGAUAUAGAUAGGUUUUACUAUCCUAUUCUGCCCACUGUUUUACUCUCUGAGUUCAUUUUUCAAACUUUGAAAUUAAUAUCAAACUUUUCAGUGAAUCUGUUCAUUUGGCUUGUAUUUUAUUUAUGAGCUGUUAUACAACAAUAUCUAUGAAGUCACUUACUGAACAUAUCUUUGAUUGAGUCUUUGAUGAUGGCUUGAAAACCACAGCUAAAACUAUUCAGCACACAAUAAACCAGAAUAAAUUGUAAAAUUACAUAA